ACUGAAAUAUUUUCCAGCCCUUCAGAGUUUGUUUUUUUUAAAAUCCAAAAUUUUUCUUAACCAAUCUAUUUCAAUUUAAAUGGACUGACUUCAAUUUAUAUCCCGUUUAAAGCGAGUUUUGCAAACUUAACUUACAAAUAAGUUACCUGAAUUCAUCAUGGAAACUAUAAAGCUUAUCAGUUUAAGCUUUUCUGAAGGAGUGUACGACUCUCUAAGAAAUAUUUUUGUUAUUUUUUAUCUGGACAAAGAAAUGAAUAAAAAACUCGAUGCCAAAGCACAAAAAUUAACCAAUACUCAACUCACAACAUCAGAGUCGAAAAAGUCAAACAAAGAAAAGAAGAAAGAGAAAAAGUCUAAUGUCAGCACAAGAGUAUUUCAAUGUUGUAUCCUCAAUGGUGGAAUCUUUUUGUUGUCAUUGUUAUUCUUCGAUUAUAUGCUUCUUCCUGCUCUUAAAACUAUCAUAACAUAUUUCCUUGGACAUUCACAAGUUUGGGAUUUUAUUCAAAUGACACUGUCGUGGAUUUUCUCAUUUAUUUGGAUUGUGCCACUUUUUGUAUUAUCAAAGAUUAUCAACACUUUUUGGUUUCAAGACAUUGCUGACGCUGCUUACGAAUUUAGAAAAGGAAGGCCAACACUUAUACCAUCCCUGAGUAAACUUUUAGCUGACGUUGUCUUUUCUUUGAUAGUUCAGUCUCUUUUUUUGUUUCAAAGUAUGUCGAUGUCCUUUGUCCCUUAUAUGGGAAAAUUAUUAAGCUUUCUUCAUAUAUGUCUACUUUAUUCGUUGUAUUCAUUCGAGUAUAAAUGGUUUAAUCAAGGAUACGAGCUUCAUAAAAGAUUAUUGUUGAUCGAAUCAAAUUGGCCUUAUUUUCUUGGUUUUGGUUUCAUUUUAGCGCUGCUUACUCAAGCAUGCGACUCGUUCGUUAUUAAUGGCUGCUUAUUUUCAAUGUUUUUCCCAUUGUUUAUCAUAUCAUCGUCAGAGAGUUCACCACAACAAAGAAUAAAUUACCCUCUUCGUUGCUUUUCACUUGUUGUUUUAGUCUCAAAUUGCUUAGUGAGUCGUAAAUUAAAAACAACUGCAACAAGUCGAAGAUGAAAUAUUAGUAAAACUAUUUUUGAAUUGAUCACGGUGUAAAUUUGAGCUGUCGUUGGUGCUGUUAUUUAUUUAUGGACAAAAGAGAACUUUUAUUAAAGAGAUGAAAGAUGACAAAAAUAACACAAAUG